UUUUGCACUUACAAAGUUUUGUGAAUUCAUUUUCAUUUUUCUUCCGUUGAUUCAUUGCUCAACACAAACAAAGACUUCAACAAAUCAUGGGAGCCAAGAAGAUCUACAAUGGCUUCGUUGGUGUGGUUGAAGCUGUAGAAGAUGGACAUAGCAACGCCGAGCCGUAUCAGCUAUCGACUCUUUCCGUCGACCUCUCUCUUCCACUUCCCGCCAUGACUCCUCGCAUAAUCGAGUUGUGUAAGGAUCUGUUUAAGGAGUGGUCAGAGCUGGAUGCUUCUCGGUUCUCUGUUGAAACGGUCUCUGGUGGAAUCACUAAUCAGCUGCUUAAGGUUACGGUGAAAGAGGAAAGUGGUACUUCCGUUUCUGUCACCGUCAGACUAUAUGGACCUAACACGGAUUAUGUUAUCAAUCGUGACAGGGAACUACAGGCAAUCAAAUAUCUUUCAGCUGCAGGAUUUGGUGCCAAGCUUCUUGGAGUUUUUAAAAAUGGAAUGGUGCAGUCAUUUAUUCAUGCACGUACACUAGAACCAUCAGAUUUGAGAAAGCCAGAGCUAGCUGCCGAAAUUGCUAAACAGCUUAAUAAAUUCCACAAAGUAUAUAUUCCAGGUUCUAAUGAACCUCAGUUAUGGAACGAAGUCUUAAAAUUUUACGAGAAAGCCUCCACACUGCAAUUUGAUGAUACUGGGAAGCAAAGUAUAUACGAUACAAUUUCAUUUCAGGAAAUCCACAAUGAAAUACUUGAGAUUAAGGAACUAACGAGCCUUCUUAAUGCACCCGUAGUGUUUGCUCACAACGACCUGCUUUCUGGGAACCUAAUGCUCAAUGAGGAAGAAGGACGACUCUACUUCAUUGAUUUCGAGUAUGGAUCAUACAGUUACAGAGGCUUUGACAUUGGUAAUCACUUCAAUGAAUAUGCUGGCUAUGACUGCGACUACAGCUGUUAUCCAUCUAAGGAGGAACAGUAUCAUUUCUUCAGGCAUUAUUUACAGCCUGAAAAACCAGAUGAGGUUUCUCAAAAAGAUCUGGAAGCUCUCUAUGUGGAGUCAAACACGUUCAUGCUGGCUUCUCACUUGUAUUGGGCUUUAUGGGCACUUAUACAGGCAAGGAUGUCUCCGAUUGAUUUUGAUUACCUUAGUUAUUUCUUCCUACGUUACGGCGAAUAUAAAAAGCAGAAAGAAAAGUAUUGCUCUUUAGCGAGAUCUUUCCUUGCUGGAUCAGGAUUGGGUUGUGGUUCUGCAUAGAAGAUGCAAGCAGUUGGGGUUGUAAUUGGAUCGGGAAGUUGGUAUUUUUCAAUCUUUUUACUGAUCUUGUUUGAUAUCUGUUGUAAAUUUGUAUUUUGUACUCUGGAAUCUAUAGCAGAACUGUGUUAUCACGGACAGUUCUGAGAAGAUUUUAGAAGGUUUCCAAAUAGAAUCGAUUUGAAAGGACUUUUCUCCUUGUUAUUGGAAUAAAAGGAUAUAGAAUGAAAUGAAUUGUGUGA